UUAACGCUGAGCCAGAUGAUGUCCCUGAGAAAUGUGAUGCUGGAUGACAAAAAUUGUAUGGAGCUCCAAUGCUGUUUGGAGAACAAAUAUCGGUAUGAUUCUCUGAUAAGAGACAGAAAAGCCCUGUUAGCUGAGCUGGACAACGAGAUACUAGAGUUGGAAAAAAAGCUUGUGAGGCAAAACCAGAUAGCAGCGAAGGUGAGGCAAGCAAACAGUAGCAAACGGCUGCAAAAGCAGAUUGAGACACUGGAGAUGCGUCUAAACAAUGCCACUGUCCAUUUCAAUGCCAUCCUGACCAGAAAUAACAAGCUCCGAGAAGAGAUUGAAAGCCUGCGAAUCCAGAAAGCCGUUUUGGACAACUCCUACUUGAAGCUCCAUAAGAAGCUGGAUCAGCAGAGGAGAAGGAUGAACACUGCCGUUAAGCGAUCCGCACAAGCCUACAAGCAGCGGGUGGAGGUUCUGGCAAGGAUUUCAGCCAUGAAAGAAAGGCACAGCAAAGACAUUGUCCAGUACAAUGUCGAGCUGCAGGAGCGGGAGCGUGUCCUUCACCAGGAGGACAAACUGAAAGCCUUCGCAAUCGCCAAAUUUACAGAUCGCUCUGAAUUGGAGGAACAGGCCCAAAAGAAAAAAGCCCUGAAGGCAGCCCAGCAAGCGAAGCGGAGCCAAGGAGAGAGCUUCGGGAGCCGGGUGGUGGCUUAUAAGCGCCUGCUGGAACUGACGGAGGAUGGGAACAUUGAUCGUCUGCUGAAUGGCUUCAUCGAAAAGGAGGAGAAGAACUUUGCCUGCUUCAACUACAUCACUGAGCUGAACAACGAGAUGGAGAAGAUGCAGUGGAAAAUCAAGGACCUCCAGAAUGAAAUUACAACCCUCAUUGCGGACCAGAAGUAUGCAGAGAGCAACAGCCUUCAUGUCCUGAAGGAGCUGGAGGAAAGACUAAUGGAAACUACUGAACAAGCCAACCGGGAAAAAAACAGAUGCAAUGAGAGCAACAAAGUCCUGGGCCAGCUCGAAGCCAACAUGGAGGCCCUGUUCAAAGGAAUCAACUGUGACGCUACGAAGACAAUGAAGCAGCUUGGAGAAAAUGGGCACAUCACGGAUCUGAACCUGAUGCAGUUUUUGGGUAUCCUGGAGAAGACGACCACCGAGCUCCUGCUGAAGGAGUCCAUCCUGCGCUACACGUUGACCAAAGGCUCGCGUCGGGCCCAGCCCUUCGCCAAUCCGCUGCUGGGCAGCACUGAGCUCCUCCGGACAAUGGAUCGGGCCCGGCUCUGCCCGCCGCCCCCCGUCCUGGACAGCACCGCCAACGCCGUCAAUGCCUUGGAGGUGCCGCUGGACCACGGCCAGCUGCGCCAGCUGAUUCUCCAGAACCAGGAGAAGAAGCGGGGCAACGCCGCUGGCACGGGCAAGAAGGGCGUCAAGGUGUGAGAACCCGGCGGGAGCAA